GAGGGGACAAAUAAUGAUUGGAGGGAAUUUGGUGCAAAGUGGCAUGACCUGAAUAUGCAUGCAAUUGUAAGUGGUCAGUGAAAAAGGGGUAAUUACAAUGUAAGGUAGUAAUUGUAGGUAGACCUUGCCUUUUGUUUGGGCAGUUGCAGAAACUUUUUCCUGAGUAUCCUGGAGAUUUUUGCCCUGGAAUGCAUUCCUGAAUAAAGCUGGUUGCUUAAGAAGGGUGUCUGGAAUUGAUUUGGUAGGGGUUUUGGGCCCCCAUCCGAACCCUCGGAUUAAAUUCUCGGUCAUUUAUGGUGGAUGGAUUGGGACACCAGGUGAUUGUGACGAGCCGGUCCGGAGAGACUGAACAGAAAGGCGCCAUACAAAUCGAUGGACGACCUGUGGCUCCUUCUAUGUUGGUGUCUCAAUUGGCUACCAUUACCCAUGGAUUAGGACAUAUGAACAAAAGUCUCUCCUCUCAGGUUGCAGAAGCCUUACCUGUCCCAACUGAUGUGCCUUGCCAUGAUGUGCAACCAGGAAACUGGGUCCUGAUAAAAGAAUUCCAGAGGGAAGACUACCUAUCUCCAAGGUGGAAUGGUCCCUUCCAGGUCCUGCUGACUACCAACACGGCUGUGAAGGUAGCCAAGCGAGAUUCUUGGAUACACGCAAGCCACAUGUGCCGCACCGUUGACCCUCAUAAGUUGUGUGAAUUUGCCUCUCCCGACAUAUCGUCUUCUACUGAACCUGUCAGCCCAGAGCCAGAAGAGAACGACUUUCUACCGCUUUCUGAGAAAGAAAUUGAAUCACUUCUCCUGAACGAGGGAUAUACAUCAUCAGAAAUCAAAGACCUGGACCUCGUUCACUACGCUCUCACUACAGGCCAGAUUCUUUCUGGUCCUACUAGUCACGGUGACAUUCCACAAAAAGGACUCUACCAGCACUUUGUCAGAGGAUG